AUGAGGAAAUUUCAGAGAUGAGAAAUACUUGUUUCAGGAGAUAUUUUUCUGGUGAAGAAUUAAAAAAGAUUAAGUUGCAGUAUGCUAAUUUCUCUUUGUUUGGAAAUGGAUUCAAUUCAUUUGACUCACUUGAGGAUAGAAGUUAUAUGGAACCAAAAAUGUGGUGGGGAAUUCAUGGCCAUUCUGCUACAGAAUUAAAGAAGUUGGCACUUAAAUUACUUGGACAGCCAGCAUCAUCUUCCUGUGCCGAAAGAAAUUGGAGUACAUAUGGGCUGAUCCAUAGUUCAUUGAGAAACAGGCUAAAUCCUGGGCGUGCUGAGGAUUUAGUUUUCACACACCAAAACUUGCGUCUUCUUUCUAGAAAAUCUGAUGAAUACCGCUGUGGUCCAUCAGCAAUGUGGGAUGUUGGAGCUGACACUUUUGAAGCUGAUUUUGAGGGUGGUGCUGAUUUUCUUGAGCAAGCUGAUUAUCACUGAAUGAGCCAGAACUUGAAGAAAGAUUGUUUGAAGAUCUUGAGGCAUUGGGUUUGACCGAAGAUGCAGAAUGAAAUCUAGUUGUUGUCUCAUGUCUGGUCUGUGGUCUGUUAGAAUUAAAACUUAGAACUUGUGUGGUGAUUUGGUGAACUAGUGAUUAUUUUGCGAGUCUGCUGGUGUAGCGUAUCGUUACACAUGUUUUUGGGCUUUUGGCAUGCUGGAUUCAUUGAUUUGAGUCCAGAUAAAUUCUGGAAGAGGAAGUAGAUGUUUACUUUAGUCAAAGUUGUUGAACAUUAACUUCUAACGCCCUUAAAUUGAACUGGUCGGUUGUGGUCCAUUUCAGACAUUUCAGCAUUUAAUUUUAUUUAUAAUAUAUAUUGUGUAUCGCCGUAUCCGUAUUUUUUGAGAAAUGGUGUAUCGCGGUAUCGGCGUAUCGCGUAUCCGUAUCCCCGUAUCAGGGCAACAUAGAUGGGAAAACAUCCUCAGUAAAAAAAAAAUCUCGAACACGCAGGAGAGCUGAGUAUCAUUAUAUUAAAAGAAGAAAUAAACAAGGGUACAACUGACGCCUUACGGCGGCCUGAACGACACUAACAUAGACUGACUCAUCUAUAUAACUCUAGGCUACAUGAGAGAGGGAAGCAACAAGGGAGGUCAACCCCUUGGCCCCGGCAGUCUCCCACAGACGGCGCUCAUCCCCAACAUGGAUUAGGAAAUUAGCAAUAU